AUGUCAAACAUCAUUGAAGUAUGGAAAAUUCAUAUAAUAGGAGGUCUUUCUUCGUGUAAUGCUCUAUUCAGAUAUUAUAUUAAUAUUAUACUCAUCAGAUGGUAUAAGGAUGAUAUUUUAAUAAAAUUAGACAAUGCUCUUGAAAAUUCAUCAGUUCUUACAGCAGUAAAAUCUACAAUACCAUUAACACAAGUUAUUCUACAAAAAAAUCGAUUUGAAGUAGCAUUUUCUAUUACUAAAACAGCAAUUAAUAUUGCAUUAGAAACUGAAAGUGAUAAUGAGUUAGUGAAAUUAUUAAAGAAUUUUAUAUUAAUUAAGCAAAAUAAUCAUAAUGGCAUUAAUUCAAAAAAUAAUAUAGGCAUAGAGAGUAUUGAAUCUAAUGAUAAUAAUGAUAAUAUUAUUUCUCUACAGCAACAUUUGAUUAAUCAGACAACAGAUCCUAAUGUUACUAAAAUUAGAGGAGUCCUGUGCAAAAGAAGAUUAAAAAGUGCUAUAGAGAGAUUAAAGAGAAGAAAUCCAAUAUGUGAAAUUAUAAGUUAA